CCCGGCCCCGCCGCCCAUGACGCCGAGCGGGCGCCCCGUGGGGCCCCGCCGCUCCCCGCAGGCCUGGACUGUGAAUUUGGUUGCGAUGGAGACUGUGUCCCUGGAGCACCAGAUCCAGAGCGUGCAGCGGCACAUCGCUUUCCUAAAGAAGGAGCAGAUGGAGCUGCUCCACGACCUGCACCUGGAGAUCCUGCGCCUGCAGAAGCACUGCUCAGAGCUCACCCAUGACCUGGAAAUGAAGGAGCUGGAGGCCCGCCAGCAAGAUGUCCUGGACCGCGAGCUGGAGGAGAAGUGCCGGGCGAUGGAGGCGCAGCUGCAGGAGAAGGAGAAGGACAACCUGGAGCUGCGCAAGGAGCUGCAGCACAAGGAGACGCUGGUGGCCGCGCUGCGCUCCAGCCUCCGCAGCAAGGAGCGCCGGUUCCUGGAGGAGCUGAAGCGCCGGAGCCACCGCGUCACCAUCCUCGACACGGAGCUGCAGAAGCAGACGGAGGCGGCCGCCUACCUCUCGCUGCAGCUGCACGCCACGGCCCAGCGGCUGCCGGGCCCCCGGGCGGGCGGGCGGGCGCCCCCCGAGCAGGCCCCGGCCGAGCCCCGGCCCCGCCGCCGCGGCCACAGAGCGCCCGCCCGGCGCCCGCCCGGGGACGGCGCCCGGCCCCGGGACCCGGCUCAGGAGGAGCACGACGCCAUGCCCGACCCGGCGCUGUUCCUGUACGCGCCGCGGCCGCACGGCCCGCAGCGCCCGCCGCCGCCGCCGGAGCCCCCGGCCUCGCCCCGCAACCCGGCCGGCGCCGCCGCGGCCUCCCGGGGCCAGCGGCCUCCCCGGCAGGAGCCAGCGGCUAGGGCCAGGUCGGCCAAGGGCGAGCCCAGCAAGAGGCAGGGCUCCGGUGCCCACGGUGCCCACGGCGCUCCCCGGGCCCAGGAGUAGCGCCGAGGGCACGGCGCGGCCCCGAACGGCCUGAGCCCGGCGGCACCGGGCGGCGCCGGCCGAGGCUCCUUCCCCAUCCCCGGUGGAGAGGAAGGGGCGGCCGAAAGCGGAGCCCUGCCCUGCACGCGCCUACCCGCCGGCAGCCAGGCAGGGUCCCCGAAAGGUCUGAGCCGGGGAUGUCACCGGCGAUGCCGCGGCACAGGGGAGCGUCCAGCACCCGGGCUGCGAGGGGGACACGUCCGAGCGCCUGUCCGGAGCUUGCGAGGGAAAAGGAAAGAGAGAAAGAAGAGGAAGCGUUUUUGAAAUGAGAUUUUCCUGCUGCCCUCCGAGUGGGCGCCAGGCUGGUUUCCCUGGCCCGGGUGCUGGGAGCGGGCACAGCAGCAGCAGGCCGUGCAGCACACGGCCCGGCACCGCGGUGUGAGCCCAGCCCGGCCAUCGCGGCACCGGGCACAGCACCAGCAGGGCUCUCCAGAGCGCAGGUAGCCGGACGAGGUGGAUCCCCUGGGUGACGGAGGGAAGCCCUUCCACAGGGACAGCGCUGCUGUGCCGGCCAGCCCUGUCCCGCGCUCCCCGUGCAGCAGUUUGGCUGUCUCCAACACGGAUUCCCCUCAUCGCGGUCGCACGCAGGACUCGGGCAAGGCAGCCGGACAAGUGCCGGGAUUGUCCGUCCUGCUGGACACCCCGUGGCUCCUCGGCCCUGCAGCCGGGCUCCACGUGCUGCUGGAGCAGGGCUGCACCCCGUGCUCCCCUCGGCACCAGCAUUGUGGUUCUCAGUCUCAUCCGCAGCCAGGUCUGGGCUCGCUGCUGAGGGCUGAGCAGCGCCCGGUCCUCCUGCCCGUCCUUCCCAGCACAGCGGCCAUACCCAGCUGCCUUCGCCCCGCCGGGGCAGCGUUGCCCCAUUUCCACCCAACUGUCAGCUUUACAAUCUCUCCCUGGCUGUUGUGAAACACCGUUGUAGGGGAGGGCUCUGCCGGCCGGGCAGGGCGAAGGUCACUCUGCUGCGGCGCUGCCGGACCCUGCUGCCCAGGGCAACUCCAGGGGCAGGUUUCACCCUGGCGUGUGGCUGCCAGCCUGGCUGGCCGGCCGGGAGCGGCCCUGCCUGCAGCCAGCGCCCUGCCGGCCCGUGGGCAGCAGCCUCCUGCAGGACCUCCCUGCCCCCGCGGCUGCUGUGGGCACGAGGGAGCUGCAGGGUGACAUCCGACCCCAUUUCCUUCCAAUUCAGUUUGAAACCUCUUGAAAGACAUCACCCUCAUAGACUAGCGAGGCUUGGCCUGCCCGCACUCACACUCAGUGUGCCCGUGCAGUCAGAGCUGUCUAUUUUUGUAGUCCAAUAUUUAUAUACUCUAUUAAAAUGCUUUAUGAGAUUGACAGUAGCAGUCGCCAACCAGCUCUUUAGUAAAAACAAACUCCAAAGCGUAUGAGCUGCACUAGCAGGGCAGAAAUUAGUGGCUUUUGUACCUUUUCUUUGGCUGUCAAGUGACUAGUCAGGCUUUGGAGGGCACGACCUGAGGGUUGGGACUCCCCAGAUGCUCCCAUGGUCCCGAACACAGCCCUGGGCUCUGGGUUUGGGAAAGAGCCCAGCAAAGCCACGCUGGGCAGGGCUCCCCUCACAGUGCCCAGGCAGCAGCCAGGCCGAGGUGUGCAGCUCCUGGGGCACGGAAGCUCCAGUGGGAAAUGUUUGCGGCCCGCGAGGUACCUGGAUGUGCUGCCUGGGCAGUGCAGAGCCCCAGGAGCCCCCAGCUCUCCUCGCAGGCCGCAGCAGCCGCGGGAGGCUGCAGGAGCCCGGCAGGGCCCUCACAGGCCGUCCCUGCAGAGCUCCCCGUGCCCAGGCCGCCCGCACAGCUUGGGCAGGUGCAGGGCAGCGCAGGGGCUCUGGUAACGCCCUGCUGGGCUCUGAGGAACAAUUACACGAGGGAGAAAGCCCUGCGCUCCCCGGCAAGGCUGCGGAGUGCAUCCUGCCGUUUCCCUCUGCACAGUGACCCGGGCAGGCUCUGCCAGGCCCCGCUCCGGGUGAGCUGGCUGUGCUGGGGCCCUGCUGUCACCCACCCUCGGGGCACGGAGGGCAGGUCUAUGAGGGGAGCAGCCCCAGGGCUCCAGCAGCACAGUUCUGGGAGUGUUGUGCCCAUAUUGGCCUCUGGAAAUCGCUGUUUCUCUCAGGUUCUGAGAGGUUCUACUGCAGAUUUGUCUCCCCUGUCCCGCGGUGAAAGAGGCGAUGCCUGUCCCUGUGUGCUCGGCUGUUGCUGCAGCUGGGGUGUGCACAGCUCCUUCCCGUCCUUCCUAGACAAUCCUGAUAGACACACCUAUGUGUUGCAUCCUUAUUACAAACUUCUUCAUGAGAUCAUGGUGUUUAUGAGUGAGCAUUGAAAAGAGGAGGGAGAAGUAUGAUCCUUCUCCUAUGUAAAUACCUUCCUAGCAAUCAUCAUCCGUAGUGCCUAGUAUGUAAAUGAAGCAGCCCCGUCUGAGCUGCAGGGCCUUUCCUCUCCAGCAGUAAUUAGCAGCUUGCUCAAGGAUUGAGCUCAUUGCCGUGCCCCAUGCCGGUUCCUGCCCAGCGGGGCGGGCAGGCAGGGGGGUUCCCCGAGGGAGGGAGAGCCAGCACCCUGCGCCCCCCUUCAUGCCAAUGUAAUGUGCUCGGAGACGAGUCGUCAGGGUGAGCCCUGCGCUUUUUCUUGGGCACAUUUGCGUUGGAGCAGGAAGGAUCAGCUCUUGCGUGCUGUACCUGCUUCAGUCACUGCUGCUUUUCUUAGGGGGGAGGGAAGCUCUAGAGAUACUAUAUAUACACUUAUAUAUAUAUAUAUAUAUAUAUACACACAUACAUGCACUUGUUUUGAAGGGAAAACACUGUAUGAUUGUAAUAGAAAUAAUGUUGAGAUAAAUUAUUUUAAUCUUUGUAUUUAUAUAAAAUGAUCAAAGAGAUCAAAAUGAUCAAAAAAAAUCAAAAAGACAGUAUUCCUAUUUUUUACUGAGAAGGCAGCUGGAGCCACCGGGAGCCUGAGAGCCCCUGGGGCCCAGGCAGGGCCUGCCCUCCCCUCCUGGAGUGGGGGGCUCUCGUAGCCUCCCCCCUUAGCCUGUAAGUGUCACAGGGAUCUGUAGGUGCAUCAGUCAGUGCUCUGCACUCCUUGGGAGUCCAAAGGGCGCACACAGCUCCGGCCUGCGCCGCGCUCCUGGAAGCACAGACUGAGGAGCACAGUGAGAGCGAUGGAACGGGCAGGGCUUGGGGCUGUAAAGCUUAAUGAUUACACUGGAAAUGGAAGCAUAGCAAUAACGCUCGGUUGUUGAACGUCCUGUGUGUGUGAACCACCACGUGCUGAGAGCUGUCUACAGACCAACAGCCGGGCUCCUCUCCUCUGCACCCCCUUCCGCUCUGCAGCUCUGCAGAGGCUUAUGGAUUUGAUGCGUUGGUUUGCUAAUAUCUCUUUUCCUUAUUAUUAUUAUCAUCAUUAUUUUUCCUAAUGCUAUCUUCUGAGAUAGGGAUGUCUGAAAUGCACCUUGCAGCAGGUGUGAGGUGAGCAGUGGAUGGGGGAAGAUGCACCUGCUGCACUUGCUGUGACAGAGCCAGUCCUGCAAUGGGGUGCACGCUUCCCUGGACUUAUUUAACCCUGGCAGAUUAGUCAGGAAGUUCUUCUUCUUGACCCUGUUAACUAAAAAGCCAUAUUUUCUGAAUGUGUUUGCUGGGGCUAAUCUAAGCACUCCCAACCGUGUCCUUCCCAUCCCCACUAGGCUCCCAGCCUUCCCACUGCUGCAUGGCUCUGUGCUGAGACAGUCUGACCUGGGCCAGGCCCAGGAAAGGAAGCUUUCUGUGAAUUGCCUUAUGGCAGGCCAAGCCAGGUUCAUGCCCAGCUGAUGGGUGCUCUGGAGGGACUGAGGGGUGCUCUUUGCUCAGUGCCCAGGAGAGAUGGCAGUGGCACAGCAAGAAACAUCCUGCCUGAAGUGGCUGGAGCCAGCAGUGUGAAGGGAUUGCUCUGCUUUUCCCAAGUUCUCCCCUAGUGUGCUCUGCACACUAGGAAGGUAAAUCAGCAGCACAACAAGGGACUUUCAUUGUUGGGGUUAGGUGAACCUUUCAGAGUCCUUGUGUCCAGCCUGGUGAACUGGCUCCUGCUGCCCCAAUGAAGCCACACCAGCCUGCCUUUCCCAGAGCAGCAGCCCUCGUGUCCCAGCAGCCCUGCUGAGCCAGUCUAGCUGUAGUGACGCUGCAGCCGCCUCGCUGCACGCCUGUUCUUGUCACCCUCUUGCACUGCCGGCGCCUGGCUGCCAGCAGGACGGCAGAGAACUCCCUUACGCCUCUGGGUUGCCUCAUGCAGGCAUCUGAGAUCUGUGGAUAAGAUCAGCAGUGCCGGCUGGGUGAGCAGGAGGAGCUCAGGAUCGAUGAGCCCAGCAGCUGUGGAGGAGCACCAGACACCACGGCCAGUUAAAGCACAAGGAUCAAAGCACCAUCAGAGCUGCCCUUUGCUCCCCAGGGCCCCAUUUCUGCCUCUGUGUCCUCCUGGCCAGCUCUGGCUGGCAGGACACUGCUGUCCCAGCCCCAUGGCAGGACACAGAGGGUGGCACUCGGUACUGCCUCCACAUCUGAUCCCUUCGUGUCACCCUCCCUCUCCUCGCACCUUCGGGCAGGAACAGGGGGUGAAGCUGCCAGGGUGUGUGAGAGAUGCACCCAACCCACACCCAAACGGUGCCUGGUCCUCCCUGGCCAGGGUGUGGUUAUGCCUCCUGGCUCUUCCCAAUAGAUUUCAGUCAUCUUGCAGCUUCCAAGGAAGCUCCCCUUUCCUGUUGUUGCAAUUAUCGCAGGAAUUAGACUACCAGGCCCUGGGAAUGCCCCAAAUCUUUGCAUGUCUCAAGCAGCAGAGGCUGUGGGCACAGCCCUGAGCUGCACCCCCUCGGCCCACAAGGACGAGCCCUGUCUGUGUGUUUCAAGGUCACUGUCACGCCGGUGGGGUGGGGACGUCACCUCUGCCGGGCCAGAGCUGUGCUGGGACCCCGGGAGGGCUCAGGCAGAGAGAUGGGGAGAACAGCACUUCUGGUCUCAGCUCCCCUGGUCCCAGAGCAGCUGUGGUUUUGUUGCAGCAAAAAUAUUGUCCUUGGCUGAGUCUGUGGAGCUCAGUGAGAACAAUAAACGCCUGUGCCUCGUGCUGGGGAGCGCCGCCGCAGAGGGACAGAUGCCAAAGGUUUGACACUGCUCUGCUUCAUUUGAAUGUUCAUUUUGCUACAUGCCACCAUUUUUGCCAGGAUGAUAUUCUUGUCAAUUUUGCUUUUUAACCAAGUGCUUUUCAGAAUGUGUUAACACCCAGAGACUAGAGAAUGGAGCUGUACUUUAGAAGUUGUUGUAAUAUGCCUUUUUCUUAAUAAAGAGACUGAAAUCUGCAGGGUGGUGCUGUCCUACCCCAGAAUGCAGGACCUCCAGCACAAAACAGAAGCAUCUCUGUCUCUGUCCCAGGACUGGCUCCUACCUCACCCCCCCAGAGCUCUUCCACAGCUCUGGGGAGUGCUCAGAGGGACACCCCAGCUCUUGCAGGGGCCCUGCAGGUAGAUGGGGGGAUCAUUAUCAGGAUCUGAGCGCCAGGCCAAGGAGGAAUGAACGGCUUCCCACUGCCAGAGGAGAGGGUUAGAUGGGGUAUUGGGAAGGAGUUGUUCCCUGUCGGGCUGGGGAGGGCCUGGCACAGGCUGGCCAGAGAAACUGUGGCUGUCCCAUUCUUGGAAGUGUUCAAGGCCAGACUGGACAGGGACACAGAGAAAUGGGAAAUAAAUUCUCCAAUCAGUUUGUUUGGUUAGAAAGUUGACAUUAUUCAGUGCUGGUCACGUGGGGGAUUGUUCCACCUAACAUGUAUGGCAAUCAAAACUUUUGACAAUUUAUACAUUUUAGCAAACAAAGUAAUUAGUGUGCAUUGGCUACAAAUUACGUAGUUCUCUUAUUAAUUAGUAUUCUGUAUUGGUUAAUGAUUAAUGAUUCCCCGCUUCCCAUGCGGAUUGUCUUUCUCCUCCUUUGGGUUGGUUGAUUUCUAGCAUCAGUGGUCUGUGAGUUGAUGGCCACAGCCCCCCCCUACCAGAAUUACCUUCUACCCAUUUGGAGCUGAUUUCAGCACAAUCACUGAGUCAGUUUUAUUAGUAGUUCCUUAUCUUGGGGAGUCCAGCCAAACGUCCUUGUGGCCCAUAAAUUCUGCACUCUUUGUGUCCAUUAUUAAUGGUAACAUCCUUCCUCUCAAGCUAUGUUAACUGCCUCCCCCAGGUCUUAGAUCACUGAAUCAUGUCAAGCCCUAAACUUUGCUUUUCUAACACAUGGACAUCACUUGCAGCUUGCUUGUUAGCUACUAUGUGUUUCAUGGAUUAAAAAUAAAUAUCCUUUCCUGUUGGUUAGGCUUGAAAGUGACAAAGAUCAAAUGUUAAAGAACAUCCUUUCUUUGUUUGGUUGGAAUUUUUGUUUUGUGUUGGUUGUGAUUUUUGUUGGUUUUGUUCUUGUUUUUGUUUGUUUUGGGUUUUGUUUGUUUUGUUUUUUUACCUAUCACCAACCAUUAUUUGUUACAAUUAAAGAUUUUCCCAACAUUUC